CAUAACCUCAAAAAUAUUAAUCCACCUUCAAUAUAAUUGCUAAUUUAUGUUUUUUAAUUUAAAUAAUAAACAAGAAUUAAUCGGAAACAUAUUUUAACUGUAGAGGAAAGAAAAUGGAAUAUUCGGAAGAAGGAGAACGUUUAGUUGAUAAAACGGCGUGUGCAGGUGUACGAGCUGAUUUAAAGAUGUGUUUAUUAAAAAGCGACUGUGUAAAAAUGGGCAAAAAGACACCUAGGGAAUGUUUAAGAGAAGUCCCUGAGUGCCAAGCAUUAAGAACAACGUUUUUUGAAUGUAAACGCAGUUUGCUAGACAACCGACAACGGUUUCGAGGACGGAAAGGUUAUUAGUCCUACGAUAUUUAGAUUUAAACUAGAUUUUAUUAGUUAUUGUUACAUUUUAGCAAUUAUAAUUAAAAAUGAAAAGUGAUUUAAC